AUGGGGAAAAUUCUCGAAAUCCAAGACCUUGCCGAUACUGCUCGAAUGUUGGCCAUGUACAUGGUUACGGUGCUAACUGGAUUGGCCGUUCACUCACUUAUAUCUCUCCCACUUAUAUUUUUCUUAACGACUCGCCAAAAUCCUUUCAAAUUCAUGCGUGGUCUCCUUCAAGCAUGGAUCACGGCACUUGGAACGGCGUCCAGCUCUGCAACUCUACCGAUCACCUACAAUUGUCUAGAAGAAAACCUCGGAGUUGAUCGAAGGGUGACACGAUUCGUUCUUACCUGUUGGAGCCACUAUCAAUAUGGUAUAAUAAAUCUUCGCAAGAUUCUGAACUAG